AGAAGAAGCAGCAGCAGCAGAAGGAGGAGGAGGAGGAGGAGGAGGAGGAGCAAGACCCAAUGGCGCAAGUUCUCAACUUGGCCCUACCCCGGCCGCACCCGCCUCCUUCCUCAUCGCCGUCGCCUUCGAGGACGCGGCCGCGCGACCUCCGUUGCUGGGCUUCGCUUCAGCAGAGCCUCAGGUGCAACGGCAGAUUCUCCUGCCUGUUCUCCGACAAUCGCAGGGAGGACCAAGCUAGAAAAGCUUUAGAAAGUGCGCUAGGGGGAAAGAAGAGUGAGUUUGAGAAAUGGAAUAAAGAGAUCAAGAGAAGAGAAGAAGUGGGAGGAGGUGGUGAUGCUGGUGGAGGUGGUUGGUUUGGAUGGGGUGGAAAAUUUGGUUGGUCCAAUGGUGAUCAUUUCUGGCAAGAAUCAAAGCAGAUUAGUUUGGCUGUUUAGUUUCUCUUAAUUGCAAAAGGAGAAGUCAUGCUUGCAAUGGUCUUGAAUCCACUGCUGUUUGCAUUGCGAGGAGCAAGAGAUGCGUUAACUUUUGUUACCACAAAGAUCUUGAGACUAUCCCCAAGUAGUCCUACUGGCUUUGAUGCUUUACCAAAGAACGGAAAAUCGUAGACGUGUCUCUGCUAAAGAAGAAGUAUUGAGAAAAUGGGGAAGCGCUUGAUUGUCUUUUCAUCUUGUAUGAAGAAUGAUCUUGUCGAUUCUUUGUUAUGGCUCUCACCGUGCCAUAAUUUUCUUGUUGUUUUGCUUUUUCAAAGGCCAAAUUGUGGAAAAGGCUGCUGCGUAGGUAAAGUCGAUGAGCUGUUAAAGGCUGCCAUGUAUCUUUUUUCUGAGUCCAAGUUGGUUCAAAUUUUGUGGAAGGAAACCAAAGGGUGUUUGGCAUGUUCCUUGAAAGGCUUCUUCGAUGAAGACCUGUUAUUCUUCCUUCGCACCAUGAGAUCACUGAAUGCCUGCACAUUGGACAUGGAAGUGCAACUACUUUCUCGAAUAGUGGUGGUCAAGGACAAGCUUCAAUUGUUAAUUGAAUUGCUUGAUUUUUGUUCUGGCAAGUCUUUCUAAUUGUAAGAGAAGUCCUAUGCUCGAUUUUUCUAGUUUCACCAAACACCGAUUGUUUGAGCUUCCCAUUAAGGACAAGAGAAUUCAAAUCUUUUCGAUGUACUUGAUUCCUUAUGAACCGUCUUCAAUUGCUCUUCUUGCUACUUAUUUUAUACCAGUUCAUACUAAAUUUGGUUUCCAAUGA